GUUUUUGAGAUUCAAUAUGCUUCUCUGCAAUCUCAUGCUCCCCAUCUGCUAUAAAAUAUACUCUCGCGUCCUCCACCAAACUGACCACAAACCCUUAUCUUUUCCAAACCCAUUGUAUCUCUCCUCCUAUCAGAUAUUGAAAAUUAUAUUUUUUUAGGUAGCCUUUUUUUUCCCCUCAUAUUUUACAUGUUCAAAUACUAAUAGCAUCAUUUUUAGGAUUAUAAAAUUAAACCAUAUGCUCUUUAUAUCUAUAUAAGCAUUCCCCUUACUUAAGAAGUAGCAUUACACUGUAUCACUAUAGCUAGGUAUUUGGUCAUCCAUCUUGCUAGUUGAAGUUCAAGUUCAAGUUCAAGGAUCGAUCACCGCAGUUUUCGUGGUUACUGGCUGUCCCAGAUUGCACAGAAAGUAUAAUACAAAGCCAGAGGAAUAAAAGGACUUUCUUGUUUCCACUGAAGAUUCUUCAAAAUCAAUGGAUAGUUUGGGAUGGGAUGUCGACUCACAAGUUCUCACAAACUCAUCAUCAUUGUGGAGCAAUCAACAGCAUGAUGGCGUGGAUCUUGGAGAGGACAUCUUCCAUCAAAUUCAAGAGCUCCAAAAAACUCAAACAUCAGCACCACAGCUGAAUUCGGGUUCUGAAAGACACCAAGAGGUUACAAGGUUGGUUGCAAAUACAGUGCUGGCAAAAUCAUCUGGAGCUGGAACAAUAUGCAAUUGGGGAGAUGCUUCAGCUCAAGAAUUGUAUUCUUCUUCUUUGAUCAGUAAACCUUUUUCUGUAACUUGCAUGGCUGAUUUUAGCAUGGGUGGCCAACCAAGAAUCAAUACCAAUGGCUUACAAAAUAGCAAGGCUUGUGUUUCGACGGGCUCUCUUGAGUCGCUUGAUUGCUUGCUAUCAGCGACCAAUAGCAACACAGACACAUCAGUUGAAGAUGAUGGAAUUUCCAUGAUUUUCUCUGAUUGUAGAAACUUGUGGAAUUUCGCUCCCAAUAGCAGUGCUGCAGUUUCAUCUGGGGAGUCUGAGAACAAUACUUGCAAUCCAGGAAAUAAGGAGAUGCAUUGCCCAGUAAGUGAGCUUGAUGAAACUGUCUCUCAUUGUUCUUCAGAUCAAUAUGGAAAGAAUAGAGAUUGUUCGCAAACUAAGCCUGUUUCUACAAAGAGAAGCAAUGAUCACUGCAGUGAGCUGAAAAUGGGUCUAAAGCAUCCUUUUUUCGAUAUUCUCCAAAGUGAGUGUUCUAAUCAAGAAGGUGGUUUUAGACUAAUUUCAGAUAAUCCGCCAAAAUCAAAGAAACCCAGAUCAGAUAAGCGUCCAAGCUCAUCAAACAUCAACUUUCAGCAGCCAAGCUCAUCAAUUUCUUCUUCUAUUGAGGAGCCUGAUCCAGAAGCCAUUGCACAGAUGAAGGAGAUGAUUUAUCGAGCAGCGGCUUUUAGGCCAGUGAAUUUAGGCUUGGAAGUUGCGGAGAAGCCUAAGAGGAAGAAUGUUAGAAUAUCAACUGAUCCACAAACAGUGGCAGCAAGGCAAAGGAGGGAGAGGAUAAGUGACAGAAUUAGGGUUCUGCAGGGGAUGGUCCCUGGUGGUAGCAAGAUGGACACAGCGUCAAUGCUUGAUGAGGCUGCGAACUACCUCAAGUUCUUAAGAUCACAAGUCAAGGCACUAGAAAACCUAGGCCACAAGCUUGACUCAGUGAAUUGUCCACAACCAACAAACAUUGCUUUCUCUUCUUUACCGUUCAACCACUCGUUUCCCUUGCAAAAUCACUUUCCAUUCCAAAACCCUAAUCAUAUUCACCCCUCUCAAGGCUAAUACCAAAGAACCCAAAAAAACCCCUGAUAAUGGAUUUUAAUCAUAGUAGUCAUCAUCGUUAUUUCCAUCGCCAAUGAUUAAGAAUCCAAAGCACAUUUUCUAGCCUAAAAACAAGUACAAAAGCUAACCCAAGAUCCUUUGCCAAGUAAUCUUAAUCAUUACAUUCCAAUAACCCAGAGUCAAAAGCAUUCACUAAUGAUGGUUACUUAGUUAUCAACAUGAUCACAUCCACUUUUCAAGAGUGAGAGAUCUAGCUUUGCAAAGUCUAUCCCUCUUACUGUUCUUGCUGUUUCCACUAAAUUAACGACAGUUGAAGAAACGAUUGGUGGAAACAGUUAGAACAAGGAUAGGGAUAGCAUUAGUUAAUGAAAUAUUGUCUUUCUUUUGCAUAAAAAAAAAGGGUAUGGCAAUUAUAACACAUAUGAUUAAGAUCAAGGGCUAGAAAGUGUGAAUCAGUUUAAGAUUGUUACUGUAAGAUUUGUUUAAUGUAUUCGAUGCACUUAAAAGCUCA